AUGAUUAAACCACAGCAACUUAAGGUGCAAAACACCCAGGUCCUUCAGACCAUUACAUACGCCAUAUAUGCAUAUAAUUCAAAGAUGGCAGAACAAACGCAAAGGUUGAAAUAUGGAGAUUUGGAGAUAGUAUUGAAAAAUGACCAUUUCGAAUUCGUUUGCAAAGGUGGUGCAGUGAUAUCAAAUAUAAAAGAAAUUUUAUUUAUGAAUUCAAAAAUUAAAGGAAUAACGGAUGAUAUAACAUCAAUUCCACCAGAAGAACAGAGAUAUUACGCAUUAAAUGCAUUUCCUAAAGUUUUGAAGAUUGGAAGAUUUAAUUUAAAUGAGGAAUUCAUAGAAGGUUUCCUAAAUGACAUAAUGAAGAAGGUGGAUAAGGAAUAUGUGGAUAGUGAGUUAAAUAAGAAGGCAAAUUUGGUUUAUGUUGAUGAAAAAGAUAAUGAAAUUAAAGAAAAGGUUGAAUGGUAUCAUGAAUGGACAUCGGAGACUUUUAAAGUUAAAGCCGAUACAGGAUGGGUUUCAGGAUGUUUAGAUCUUAAAGCAGAUAAAACUUAUGUUGAUGAAAAUUAUGCAAAGAAGUCGGAAGUAAAUGAUGUGAUUACAAGCAUGAAAAAUGAAAUACUUCAAACAUUAUAUCCUGUUGGUUCUAUUUAUACGUCAAUGAACUCAACAAAUCCAUCAACAGUUUUAGGUUUUGGUAUGUGGAAGCAGAUUGUAGAUAAAUUCUUAUACUGUGCUAGAUAUUCAAAGCAAACAGGAGGUUCGAAGAAAAUUAAAGAAGCAAACCUUCCACCGCACACUCAUACAGGAACUACAAACACAACAGGUAAUCAUUCACAUUCAAUAACAAAAAGAGGUUAUACAAAUCUUGCAGCGGGUUCGGAUAGAUGGGGAAUGAAUAGAUAUGAUACCACAACUGACCCAGUAGAUUCAAGCACAGGUAUUUUCUGUGGAACCGCAGGUAAUCAUUCACACACUUUCACAACAAAUCCAACAGGCUCGGGUAAAGAUUACAUGCCACCAUUUGUGACUGUAUUCGCAUGGUACCGUGUUCAAUAA